CAGUGUGUCCUUGGCUCCAUAGUCAAGCAGCAGGUUAGCUAGAGAGCUACCACUGGAUUUGACGGCUAUAGGAGGGAGAACCGGAGGGCACAAUAAGGGGAGCAGCAUCAUUUUCAUCUACAAAAAUAUUCUCAUCCUCGCAGAGUAAACAGCCACACAACUCAAGAUGGCUUUCUUGAUCAAGAGCAUGAUUGGGAACCCCCUGUCAGGAAUUGGUCUUGGUGGUGGAGGUGACAAAGAAGAGGAGGCCACCCCCACAGAUCCAGCCAAAGCAGCAGGGAUGACACGCGAGGAGUAUGAAGAGUACCAAAAACAGGUGGUGGAGGAGAAGAUGGAGAGAGAUGCAGAUUUCUUACACAAGAAGGCAGAGAGGGCAACACUCAGGGUGUGCCUCAGAGACAAAUACAGACUGCCAAAGAGCGAGCAAGAUGAGAACAUGAUCGAGAUGGCCGGGGACGACGUGGACGUACCCGAGGAGCUGCUCAAGAUGGUGGACGAGGACGCUACGGAGGAAGAGGGCAAGGACUCCAUCAUGGGCCAGUUUCAAAACUUGCAGAACAUGGACAUGGACCAGCUGAAGGAGAAGGCCUCGGCCACCGUCACCGAGCUGAAGAGCAAAGCAGAGGAGAAGUGCUCCGUCAUGUGAAUGGCCAGAGGUGAUGGUCUGGGUUUGAAUAAUGAAGAAGAAGAAAGGGAGAAGAGAAGAACAUGUGAAACACGCUUUCUGGGAAUCUGCAGAGUGAGCUGUGUUAAUAAGUUUGGGAUUCAGUUACUCCAUAAACCGCCUAUAAAGUAUUCACUAAAACUAUAAGCACUAAAAAGGCAAUUUGUCUUUCUGUGAUCAAAAAUCUAAGCCUGGCCACGCCUAUCUGCAUCUGCAUCUACUGGAGGAUGGGUGGUCAUUUACUUAUUUGAUUUAACUUAUCAUUGCAAUAAACUGGGAAUACUUAAAUUAAAACCAAGAUGCCCCAUCUCUCCCCCAUGACAUUUUCUUUAGAUCAUUUAGGUAGAAAAGUGAUUGUAUUGCUUUUUACAUCACAUCACAGGCCACAAUACAUUAAAAAAAAGAUGAUUCUUUGUGAUAUAAACUUUUUUCUCUGUUUGUUGUGAAAUGAGACAGUUGCGUGAUUUUAAGUCAAAUAAAUAACAAUAUACUCAGACAAAAAAAAAUUAUUUACGUUAAAAAUUCAACCCUGUCCAAGUGUUUCAACUUUCCUUUUGGUUUACUGGUAUUUCUAGAUUAUUUUUUGUAUGUGGUGUUUGAAUUAAUUAUGAUAUUUAGAUUUUCUUUCAAUGUUAAAGCAGACAGUCUUCAUAAGUCUUGACAUGUUGAUUUACUUUGAAUCUGUCCUCACAUUGUAAUAAAAAUGGUCAAGCCUGAAACAUUUGCAGAGACAUUUGCAGAUUUGCACAAAUCAUCAUUUGAAAAUGCAGAAUGAUUUAUUCCAUAAACACAGAAACAAUGUACAUAAACACUGAUGAAAUAUAUGGAGGUACUUCAAACUGAGAAAACAAAUGUAUUGUUCAAAUAAAGAUGUAUAUUGAAAACGUGAAA